GACAAUUAGCGCCUCAUCUGAGAUUGACAGGAGCAGAAGUCCCGCCCCUGAAGCGCCUGACACUGAACCGCAGCCUUUCUCAUUUCCAGCUCCCCAGAUCUCCAUUUUCUUCUUUCCAGACUGUAAGGAAGAGAAGUCUAAAGAUUCGAAAAAAUGAAUGAAGAAUACGACGUUAUCGUUCUGGGUACUGGUCUGACGGAAUGCAUUCUAUCAGGCAUCAUGUCAGUGAAGGGGAAGAAGGUUCUGCACAUGGACCGCAACUCUUACUAUGGAGCUGAGAGUGCUUCCAUCACACCCCUUGAAGAACUUUUCAAGCGCUUCAACCUUCCCGGCAACCCACCAGAGUCGAUGGGAAAAGGCCGGGAUUGGAAUGUGGACCUUAUCCCGAAGUUCCUCAUGGCUAACGGUCAACUGGUCCGCAUGCUGCUUAUCACACAGGUGACUCGCUACCUUGACUUCAAAGUGAUUGAAGGCAGUUAUGUGUACAAAGGGGGGAAAAUCUAUAAAGUGCCCUCCACAGAGACCGAGGCUCUGGCAUCCAGCCUGAUGGGCUUGUUUGAGAAACGGCGCUUCAGGAAGUUCUUGAUCUUUAUCGCCAACUUUGACGAGAACGACCCAAAGACCAUGGAAGGUGUUGAUCCCAACAAGACAACAAUGAGGGCCAUUUUCCAGAAGUUUAGCCUGGGGCAGGAAGUUAUCGAUUUCACUGGCCACUCUCUGGCACUCUACCGGACAGACGAUUACCUGGAUCAGCCCUGCGUCCAAACGAUAAACAGGAUAAAGCUUUACAGCGAGUCUCUAGCCAGAUAUGGCAAGAGCCCAUACCUCUAUCCACUGUAUGGUCUGGGAGAACUGCCACAAGGCUUUGCAAGACUGAGCGCUAUCUAUGGUGGGACGUACAUGUUAAACAAGCCCAUAGAAGAGAUUGUGAUGGAGAAUGGAAAGGUGGUGGGAGUCAAGUCUGAGGGAGAGAUUGCAAGGUGCAAACAGCUCAUCUGUGACCCUAGCUACAUUAUGGAUCGUGUCAACAAAGCAGGUCAGGUGAUCAGACUCAUCUGCAUCUUAAAUCAUCCCAUUGCCAACACCGGUGACAUCAACUCAUGCCAGAUCAUCAUCCCUCAGAAUCAGGUCAACAGGAAGCAUGACAUCUACGUUUGUAUGAUCUCAUUUGCUCACAAUGUGGCAGCAAAAGGUAAAUACAUUGCAAUUGUCAGCACUACAGUGGAGACAAACGACCCUGAAAAGGAGAUCAAGCCAGCCCUAGAUCUACUUGAGCCCAUUGAACAGAAGUUUGUCAGCAUCAGCGACCAAUACGCACCGACCGACAUGGGCACUGAUAGCCAGAUCUUUAUCUCCCGUACAUACGAUGCCACAACUCACUUUGAGACCACCUGUGAUGACAUCAAGGACAUCUACAGGAGGAUGACUGGAUCAGACUUCGACUUUGCAGAGAUGGAGCGCAAGAAGCAGGACAUCUUCGGUGACGCGGCAGAGUAGAUGCGACGCAUCAGCAACACUUGAUUAUCAAAGAUGACGAUAACGGAAAUCUUACAUGAAAUCUUACAUAAAAUAGAAAAUCUUGAAAAAAUAUGUACACACCAAUGGGCUAAAUGAAUAUCCAAGUAUAGUGUUUGCCCAUUGAGGAGGUCCAUGAUAUAUAGAGAGAUAUGAUGUAGUAUUGUUGGAUAGGGAACAGGGAGGGAACAAUGCUUCAGAUCACAUUCAGGUGGAUGUUACAUUAAACACAGGUUAUGCCUAGUACUCCGUAACAUUUUUGAGUCAUCAUGUUAAGAUGAUGCUUUGUCCAAAGAUGCCAAAUUAAAUUAUAAUUGAUAAUCAGUAAUAUCUUUUGCAAAGUAUCUGUUGGGAGGGUGGGGAGUCCAAUUUUUCUGUCAUUGUGUAAAAGGAUCUGUAAAAUGUCCUCAAAUACAAUAUUUUUUUUCCUGCAGGUUUGUGUUUGUCAUGUCGGGUGUAGAGAGAGAGAGAGAGAGGGGGGUGGUUUGGCUUUAUCCUUUGGUAAUAAAUCAUGUAAUUGAAUGUUCCCGUGGAGUGCGAUAAUUUGAAAAAAGCUGAGCUGUAGACAGUUCUGAGACUCAGCCAACAUAUCGUAUGGUCAGAAUUUGUGAAAUAAAGUGGUUUAGUUUAUUUGCUUGGUAUUUUCAUAUAAAUAUUUUUUACCUUUAUUGUUUAAUCCAUAAACUGCCAAGACACAUUACUGUCAGCCAAGCCACAGUAGUGAAUCUAGUCGAGGAUAAACAACCUGAUCCUGUUCACAACACCUUGAGCUACAGCAGUGCAUCAGAGGAUAUAUAUUAGCACCUGUAUUAUGCAAAAUGAUUGAAGACUCGAGCAGAAACUGUAGAUGGCAAGUGUGGUUCAUUAUAAAUUUGCUUAAGAAGGACCAAAUAUGUACUGGAGCAGUAUUGAAUUGAGAGCCCUGUGAUACUGGUGUUGAACAACUGUAAGAAAAAAGGAAAAAAAUGCUUGGCUCAAAUGAUUUCUGUACUGCAAAGUUUAAAGUGACAAAAAAAACUUUCAUGAA